CCCGGGCUCGCCCGGCUCGCCGGAGGCGCCCUCCUCCUCCUCCUCCGCCGCCGCCCGCCGCCGCGCGCCCGUGCAUGGCUGCGCCAUGGCCACCGCGACGCUGGCUUGCCGGGUGCAGCUGCUGGACGACACCGACCCCUUCAACAGCACCAACUUCCCCGAGCCCACCCGGCCCCCCGUCUACACCUUCCGCCAGGACAUCCCCCUGGCCACGCAGCUGGCCGGCGUGCACCGCCUGCUGAAAGCCCCGCAGAAGCUGGAUGACUGUGCACUGCAGUUGUCUCACAAUGGUGCCUACCUGGAUUUGGAGUCUACCUUGGCAGAGCAAAAGGAUGAAUUGGAAGGUUUUCAAGAGGAUUCUGGAAGGGGCAAAAAGCACAGUAUAAUCCUGAGGACCCAGUUGUCAGUGAGAGUCCAUGCCUGCAUUGAAAAACUCUACAACUCCAAUGGACGGGAGCUGAGGCGGGCCCUCUUCUCUUUGAAACAAAUAUUUCAAGAUGACAAGGACUUGGUACAUGAAUUUGUUGUGGCCGAGGGCCUGACUUGCUUAAUAAAAGUGGGAGCUGAGGCGGACCAAAACUACCAGAAUUACAUCUUGAGAGCACUGGGACAAAUAAUGCUGUAUGUAGAUGGGAUGAACGGCGUAAUAAAUCACAAUGAGACAAUCCAGUGGCUAUACACUCUCAUUGGGUCAAAGUUUCGCCUGGUUGUAAAGACAGCACUGAAGUUGCUGCUUGUUUUUGUGGAAUAUACAGAAUCCAAUGCACCGCUUCUCAUCCAAGCUGUGUCUGUAGUAGAUGAAAAAAGAGGCCUCAAGCCAUGGUCCAAUAUCAUGGAGAUCCUGGAAGAAAAGGAUGGGGUUGACACAGAGCUACUAGUUUAUGCAAUGACCUUAGUGAACAAGACAUUGUCUGGCUUACCAGAUCAGGAUUCCUUCUAUGAUGUUGUGGACUGUCUAGAAGAGCUGGGGAUUGAAGUUGUUUCCCAGAGGCACUUAAACAAGAAAGGAGCAGACUUGGACUUAGUAGAGCAAUUCAACAUUUAUGAGAUGACCCUGAGACACGAGGAUGGAGAUGACAAUGGGGACCCCCCUCCCAGUUGCCGCAAAGACCGAAGAAGAGCCAGUCUGGGCUGUGCUGAGCGGAGGGGGCUGGAGCGUCGGAGGAGCCGGAGGCAUUCCGUCCAGACUGUCAAGAGCACUUUAUCGGCGCCUGCAAGCCCCUGCGCUCAGGCGAGCCCCACCUUCACACGAGGUCAUGGGCAGGGUGUUGACGAUCUCAGUGAGAAUGGCCUCUCCAAAAUGGAAGAGACAGAAAAUGGUUCAGAGAGUUCUGAGACUUCAGCCACCUCAAGUGUCCUUUCUCAAGAAGAGAGGCCUCCCGUAGAGAGUCCUUCCCGCAGCCCUUCAUCCCCUGUGCCUGAUUCUCUUGCUUCAUGCCAUUUUUCUCUUCACUCAUCACCUUUCUCAUCUGUACCCGUCACCUGUUCACCAAAGUCAUCGUCCUCCUCGGCUACUCCAAAGUCCUCUCCAGCUGUUGAAAAAUUACCUUAUGUACCUCAUAGCCCUUUUCACCUCUUCUCCUAUGAUCUUGAACAGCCUUCUGCAGCUGGGAAAGAGAAAGAAACCGAAAAGAUAAGAGAACACAGAUUCUGUGGCUACAGCAGCAGCACCAGUUCUUCCCCAUUACCUCAUUCUGGAUUAAGUGAAUCCCCUUCAUCAAACUUUCGCUGUGGGGCAUCCUUGUUGCCACCUCAAGAGAUCAAAACAGAGAGGCCAUCUCUGGGCGGUCUUCUUACCUCGUCAUACCGGCAGCACCAAGAGUCCUUGGCAGCAGAAAGGGAGAGGCGACGUCAGGAGAGAGAGGAGCGGUUACAAAGGAUAGAGCGUGAAGAGAGAAACAAAUUCAAUCGUAAUUAUCUAGAUAAACGAGAGGAACUCAGACAAGCAAGAGAAGAGAGAUAUAAAUACUUGGAGAAAUUGGCUGCGGAAGAGUAUGAAAAAGAGCUAAGAAGUCGGAGUGUCUGUCGGAGCAGGAGUGAUUUGCCUCUGAAUUUGGGGGGUUCUCCAGUCCUGACUGCUUCUGUUCCCAAGUGUGUCAGCCCAGCAUCAACAGAUUCUCAGGAGGAACCAAACACCCCUGCGACAUCUUGCGGGACCCUUCAGACCCCAGAAGUGAGUGCCAGCGAGCCUGAAUGUGAACCAGAAGUUGAGCCAGAGCAAGAAAUUGAAGCAGAGCAGGAUGACAAGGAAGUAGAGGCUGCUGAGGUGGAGCCAGAGAGCAAAGUGGAGCAAGGCCCAGAGCAUGAGCCAGAAGGAAGUGCCAUCCUCAGUGAAAAAGAGCGACAAAAUGAGGAAGUGAAUGAGAAAGAUAACUGUUCGGCCUCCAGCAUCUCCUCGGCCAGCAGCACUUUAGAAAGAGAGGAAAGGGAAGACAAGUUAACCAGUGACCAUGAGACUGGUCCCUGGUUACAGACCAUUCAAGACAUUGGGGUGAAUGAUCAGGGCAGCAAUAUUCUCAAUAACAAGCGGUUCAUGCUGGAUAUGUUGUAUGCCCAUAACAAGAAGUCCAAGGAUGAAGAAGCUAGAGAGCUGGAGGAGAAGGCGGAGGAAAAGGAGGUGGCAGAGGCGAGCGAAGACACCAUAACCAGCCUAGCUAGCAGGAUCUCAGUCCUGCAGGCCACCCAGCAGGCCAAAGACGAAAGUGUAAAAAAAAUUGAGAUUGGGAAUUUGGACAACCAUGGCAGCGUGAAGGCCUUUGCAGAACGAUUUAAUAAUGGCGAAUUGGCCAAAGCCUCAAACUUUCCUGGAAGUGAUUGCAGUGAAAAGGUCUCUGAAAAAACACCAAUGCAAGCGAAGAAGGAAUCGGACUAUAUUUGGGAUCAGCUUCUGGCCAAUCCAAGGGAACUUAAAAUCAAAGACAUGGAUUUUACAGACUUGAGGGACGACGACGAUGUCGACGUCUUGGACAUGGAUGUGGGGCCGGGUGACUCCCUGGCUCCCCCUCCACCACCUCUGCCUUCCUUUUUUGGCUUGCCUCCUCCACCCCCUCCCUUGCUUUAUGGAUGUCCACCUCCACCCCCACCCUCUGGUAAUUUAUUGGUUCCUCCUCCCCUGUUCGGCACUCCUCAGGGCUUAGGAUCUCCCCCUCUUCAUAGGGGUCAGCCAGCUUUUAUUAAAAAGAAGAAAACAAUCCGCCUGUUCUGGAAUGAGGUAAGGCCCUUUGAGUGGCAGUGCAAGAACAACAAACGCUGCAAAGGAUUCCUGUGGUCAAAACUGGAGCCUAUUAAGGUGGACACUUCCAAGCUGGAGCAUCUCUUUGAGUCUAAAUCUAAGGAGCUCCCUGCAACAAAGAAAACUGCUGCUGAUGGGAAGAGGCAAGAAAUCAUUGUCCUGGAUUCCAAACGGAGCAAUGCUAUUAAUAUUGGGCUGACAGUAUUACCUCCUCCGAGGACAAUUAAGACUGCCAUUUUGAACUUUGAUGAAUAUGCAUUAAAUAAGGAAGGAAUAGAGAAAAUUCUCACAAUGAUUCCCACAGAAGAGGAGAAACAGAAAAUUCAGGAGGCUCAGUUAGCCAACCCUGACAUCCCACUGGGCAGUGCUGAACAGUUCCUUCUGACGCUUUCUUCCGUCACUGAACUCUCCGCUCGACUUCAGCUGUGGGCAUUCAAAAUGGAUUAUGACCUUGUGGAAAAGGAGGUGGCAGAACCACUUUUGGACUUGAAGGAAGGGAUGGACCAGCUGGAAAACAAUCAGACCUUGGGCUUUAUCCUGUCUACUCUGCUAGCUAUUGGAAAUUUUCUCAAUGGAACCAACGCCAAAGCCUUUGAACUGAGCUACCUCGAGAAGGUUCCAGAAGUAAAGGACACAGUGCAUAAGCAGUCUCUUCUACAUCAUGUCUGCACAAUAGUGGUGGAAAAAUUCCCAGACAGCACAGACCUUUACUCAGAGAUUGGGGCCAUCACCAGGUCAGCCAAGGUUGACUUUGAACAACUUCAGGACAACUUAUGUCAGAUGGAGAAGCGGUGCAAAGCUUCAUGGGAUCAUCUGAAAGCAAUAGCAAAGCAUGAAAUGAAACCAACUCUGAAGCAAAAAAUGUCUGAGUUCCUUAAAGACUGUGCAGAGCGAAUAAUAAUCCUAAAGAUUGUCCACAGAAGAAUAAUUAACAGGUUCCACUCCUUCUUGUUAUUUAUGGGCUAUCCGCCUUUCGCAAUCCGGGAAGUGAACAUCAAUAAGUUCUGCAAAAUUAUUAGUGAAUUCGCCCUUGAGUAUCGUACCACAAGGGAGCGGGUUUUGCAACAGAAGCAAAAACGAGCCAAUCACAGGGAAAGAAAUAAAACCAGAGGGAAGAUGAUCACAGACUCUGGGAAGUUCUCCAGCAGCUCUCCUACACCUCAGAACCAGCCCCAGGGGCUGCAGUAUGCUGAAGAUGUGGUGGAGCAUGAGCACAUGAAGGCUGUCCUGAAGACAUCGUCCCCAGUGGGAGAAAACACCAUGUUGGGAGUGCGCCCUCGAAGCAGGGCCAGCCAAGGUCGUGUCGGUUCAUGGACAACUGGUAACGACGACUCGCCGAAUGCUACUGAUGAUGCUGCAGAUGAGAUCAUGGAUCGCAUUGUCAAGUCAGCCACACAAGUGCCAAGUCAGCGAGCAGUGCCUAGGGAAAGGAAGCGAUCCAGAGCAAACAGGAAAUCAUUAAGGAGGACACUAAAGAGUGGACUGACGCCAGAAGAAGCCAAAGCUCUGGGUCUCAUGGGCACUUCCGAGAUGCAGGUGUGACAGCGACAUCCCCAGCAGAGAAGCCGUCCUCGCGCACAGCCGUCCAGUGUAGCGUUCUGCCAGGUCCAUCUGCUGCUCCUAAGUCCCCAUCAUCUCUUAGUUUAAUUUUCAUCAUGUUGAAGCGGGCAAAAAAAAAAGUUAGACUUAAAGGAUUAAAACAAAGACUGUGUAGGUGACCACAGUAAAAGUAGGGUGAGGAGGAAGGAUGAUCUGGAGUUGCAUCGUGCUUGUUCUGUCCGACUUCAUGGAUGUGGUUUUUGAGAAGGCUUUCCAUGGGGUAUCUUGUAGUGUGUGAGAGGUGUUCAUGUUCAUUUUCCUUGUGGCCUGUUGUAGUAAUUGUGGAGCACUCUGUCAGUUCAAAGGACAGUCCUUUAAACAGGCAAUCCAACUUCUAUAACAGUUACUGCAACCCUUCAGACAACUAUGUUAAACAGCAAUGCACCCUUAUUUUUAUCUUUCCACCAAAGAAUGUAAAAAUGUAUGUCUACUUGUGUAUAUAUUACCUGCAUGUGUAAGUGUGUGUACACACACAUGCAUAUACAUAUAUGCCUAUGGAGUCCAGGUGCCUUCACUUACUCUGUCCUGCAAGAAUGGAAGUCCUUUUUAACAGGAAUUCCUUGUUUUCCUUUGAUGGAAUUCCACUAGGAUAUUUUGAUACCACGAUCUCUCACAAACAUGUACACACACAUUCUGUGUAAUAGCACACUUGCACAGGGAUUGCACAGUUUACCUCCUGUCACUCAAAUUUAAAGAUGAAUGUAUGUUUAAUUAUUGCAGUAUGCCAGCAAUUAGCUAGAGAAGCAAAAGAGGCUUCCUUGACAAGGUCAUACAGGAGUUUUGUGCAUCUGUGUUGACCUGUUAAGUGGCUUUACUAAUCUGAGGCAAUAACAUUCAAUGCCAUCGAGCCCACUGAAUUCGUUACUCAAAGGUUCUGCUUUCCAGCUGUGUUUUCCUCAGCAUCACACACCAUGUAGGACACAGCAGGGAACCUGAUGCCUUUCACAUGGAGACACUCCCUCCCCACAUCACCCAGCUUAAAGACUGUAACUUAAAGAAUGUAACUGAGAGAACUUCCUUCCUUGAGACAGACAAAUCAUAUCUUUGGCUUUCAUGAGAACUACGUCUGUUUUAGAAAAUUGGAAGAAAUGUGUUCAUUCAAUGCAAUGUCUUUCAUUUUGAUGAGCGCAAGAAUUAAAGGGAACUUUGUAUACUAAAACAUACCUCUGAGCUAAUGGUACUAAAGACAAGACAGUUGUUUGCAAAACAAGUGACUCUUCUAUCCAUGAGAAUACUGUAGAUGAUUCUGGAGGAGCCCAUUUGCAGCCUUUAUAUAGAGAGCCAAAUAGUGUGCACCUGUAAGGAAAUAGUGCCGGGAAGCCCAGGUGUCUUAAUGGACUGCUGGGUUUUGUCCCAUGACUGACUGUUGCUGUUUGCGUCAAUCCCUCUGUUUUGUCUCCUGUGAGAGUCUGUAAAAGCUGCUGUUGGUCUCCUGGACACUGUUGUUUCCCCUCGUUUUUUGACAUGCUGUUGACUCAGAGAUUCUGAGUAAAACCUGGUCAGGAAGGAUAUACUUUUGACUGGAAGGAGGAAGACAUUGGCUAGAAAUGUGAAGAGCAUGGAAUUUAUUUCAUAAACCUUUUAUUUAUUUCUAGAAUAAGAGAUUAGUUUUUGGAGGUGGGAUUUUUAAAUCCAAGCCAUCAGAAUCAUUUUCCUGUUUCUCCAGUACAUAACAAGAAAUUAUUAUAAGUUUCCAAAAUUUAAGAAAAAAUAGGCCAAAAAAAAUGGUGGUUAUAUGAUAGGCUACAGAAACCUUUUUUAAAAAAAACCUGUUUGGUUACCAAGCACUAACCAUGAUGUUAUUUAUUUAGAAAGAAACUUCCCAUCCUAAACUAUUGUCCUGGCUGACCUACCUGCAACAUCAGUCUUGCCCAGAGCAGACAGCUUCUUCCUACACACUUAUUUUGGGGGGUCAGGAAUGGUGGGACUGGACCAGUAUCUGUGUUGCUGGUGGAAAUAAUGGGUCUCAGGUUUUGCAAGAGUGGGAGAAAGACAGCCUUUAUUUAUUUUCCAUAAGCAGAGAAAUUAUAGCUCUUAUGCUGUGACAAAUGUUUUGGCAUGUGGAGCAUUUUUCUAGAGAAUUACAUUUCCCUGAUCCCUGCCACCCUGUUUGUGCAGGAUGGCGUUUGCAACGUCCACACUCUGCAGCCCCGAGUGUUCCAGAAGAACGUUUUUGUACUAGUCCACCCCGCCCCCGCCCCAAUAGGCCAUUCAUCUUGGCCCUUCAAGAAGGGUUAACCAAGUCUUUGCCAAGAAAACUGUCAAAUAUUUUCCAGAAUUGCAUUAGAAAUCAAACAGAAUUGUUCCAGAAGUAGCAUUUUCUAGACAGCACUCAUGAGCUGGGCCCCAAAGAGCUACUUACAUUGCAGUUCUAUCUCACUGUUUUUGAUGGGGCUUUUGGUGGUGUAGAACUGCAGCCUUAGGGCCAAAGUACGAGACAUUUUUUAGUGACUCAAGUCUAGGUUCCCCAGACUGAGCAACCCUUCCCUGGAGAGACACAGCAGCUGAAGAGAACAUCAUUUUAAAGGUCUAAGGAAAUGAUUCCGCUUUGGGUUUUCCGUGUGGGGUUUUCCCCAUCAGUUCUGGCCCCAUGCUGCUUUUGAUUUAUCCCCUGAUUUUCACACACAUUUUUUUGUCUUCAGUUUUUACUUUUUUUUUAAUUUUCUCUGGAGGAUUUUUGGUUCUUUUGAGACCUACUUUUACUCCAGCCUGGAAGCUGAUUUUGAGUUGAUUUUUCCCCCUCUUGUGUAAUGUUUCUUUUGUUUUUCCCCCUCCCACCCCUCUUUUCAAUAACUGGACUUUGUCAUACCACUCCUCCUUCCCUGUACCUUUUUUAUUAUCAUUUUCGUAUCACUAUAUCGACCUACUGUUAUAAUAAUAGAUGCAGCAGAUUCUCUGAAUUCCCAGCUUUCAUUUUUAAAAGGUAUGUCUUUAGUCCCUCCCCUUGCAGAAAUAUAAUGGAAAAGGCUAAAGGGGCUAAAGACGUACUCUUUUAAUGAAAGCUGGGAAUUCAGAGAAUCUGUUUUAUCUAUUAUUACAAUGGUAGGUGGUCAAUACAAUGAUAAGAACAUGAUGAAAAUGAGGCACCAGAAGGGGGCAAGUAACCCCCAGGGCUUAUUUUGGCUCAUGAAAACCAUGGUGGGAGGCAGAAGCCCCUUCUCCUCCUGCGCCGCGGUCCCAAGCCAAAUCAGGCCCCUGCAAACUUUUAAAACAACACUCCCCGGAGCUGCUGUCUGUGUACUCCCUAGACCUGACUUGUUAAAAACAUCUCACAUAAUGUGACCCUUAGUCUCCCACAACAAGGUUGUGCUAGCCUAGUUGAAUUUGUGAUAUUUUUUUUUAAUAUCUGGGGGGGAAACCCAAAUGCCCUAUCACAAUCUGGUUUUGAAACUCAAAAGUAUUUUUAGUCAGGGAACAUGUUUUGCAGGAGGUAUCCAGCUCUCCCCCCAGGCCAGUUUGAGGUAGUGGUUACCUCAAACCACUACCUCAGGACAGCCCAAAGGAAUUAUUUACAACUUGCUUCAAAAUGUGCUAUCACAAUGAAAUGCAAGUUUGGAUCCUGCCAGACUCUAAUCUGGGGAGUCUAAUCUGGAGAGCCAGGUUUGAUUUCCCACUCCUCCACUUGAAGCCAGCUGGGUGACCUUGGGUCAGUCACAGCUCUCUCAGAGCUCUCUCAGCCCUCACCCACCUCACAGGGUGAUUGUCCUGAGGAUAAAGAAAACACACUUUAUAAACUGCUCUGAGUGGACGUUACAUUGUCCGGAAGGGUGGUAUAUAAAUCAAAUGUUGUUAUUAGGAGUUUCAUGUUCUUUAUAUCCUAGUUUGUAUCUGUUAUUUAUUACAAGAAAUGGACUUGACUCAAUAGGUACUGCCCUGGUUUGCUGAGACUGGCAAGCUUCAUUAUGUGCUUUUGAAUCUACACCCAAGUACAGUAUGACCACAUAAAGAAAGGUCUGAAUCAGUUAGGGAACGGAUGCCUUGGCCAUAAAGGCUUUCACUCAAGGCGCUCCAGUUCUGCUCAUUUCAACACAUUGCCGCUGAGAGCGCUCUCACUGUGCCUGUCUUUUUUUCUACUGGGACUUAAAAACAAUUUCUGAAAUGGUACUAGGGGAACAAUCCCCCCCCCCCCAUUGGAAUACAGCCCUGUUCGUAGCAGGGGUCCCCUAGCAAAUUUGUAAGGCCAAAUUUCAGGUCUAAAGUUUCAGCUCUGUUCUCAGCUGCCCAGUGUUUGAAAUGGACAGCUUCUAACAAAAGAAAUAUGGCUACUUCCUGGCUUUGAAAGUGAACAAUAUCCAAGUCUGUCCUAUUUUGUACCUCCAACCUGAAGGAUGAUUACCAGAGGCCAUACAUUUUUAAAUACAGGAGCCUCUGAGCCAUGCCCUGACCUGGAUAGCCCAGGUGAGCCUGAUCUCAUCAGACCUCAGAAGCUAAGCAGGGUCGGCCUUGGUUAAUAAUUGGAUGGGAGACCUCCAGUGAAGACCAGGGAUGUAGAGGCAGGCAAUGGCAAACCACCUCUGUUAGUCUCCUGCCAUGAAAACCCCACCAGAGGUCUCCAUAAGUCAGCACUCUCCACCACCACAGUACAGCCCAAAGGAACUAUUUACAACUUGCUUCAAAAUGCACCAUCACCAUGAAAUGCAGGUUUGGAUCCUGCCAGACUUUUCUGUUGGCAGAAGGAUUUCCAUCAGCAAAGCGUGGUUGCCUUGUCUUCCCCUUCCACUGCAUCUCUAAAUAACCCCAACAAUCCUGCUUCUGGGACCCCAAGAACAACAUGAGGAGGGAGCUGGUAGUCUGCAGUGGGAGGAGUAAAUAAAAAAUUGCCUCCCUUCCAUCAGUUGAAGUCCUCUAUAGAAUCCUACCCAUACAACAUUCCUUCUUUGUAGGUUCAAAAGGAACCCUCUUGAAUGGCAGAAGUAAGAGAGCAGCUUAUGCUAGAAAUGGGAGUGUAAGCAAGGAUUACUCUGCAUAGAUAGUGGUAACAAUCAGGAAUGGAGUAGAUUCACCAAAAGAUAACAAUUUAGGUUUCAUUUGGCAGCACUAAAGGUAGUUUUCCAGCUAAAUUCACCUUUUCAUGUGCAACGAGUUUAAGCACGACCAGACUUCAUCAAACAAAUAAAUGGUAUUUUCUUUUUGCUUUUGGAAGUCAUAUGAUGCACACUUCCCUGUGCUGAAAGUCUACAAAAAUGUUUAAAAGAAAAGUGCUUGGUCCUACACAAUUCCCCAUUUUUCCUUUCCAAUGCAGCAUUCCACAUCAUUAGGAUUUCUUAGGGUGCAGCCCUUCAGAAAUAGACCUUAAAUCUCCAUUUAAGUAAGCACUUUGGUUUUAUUUGAAAGUGCAUGUACAAUGUAGAAAAAAUCAUUGUAGGUUUUAUGUUAGCUGCAUUUAUAAUACCGAGGGUGGCCACUGAUCACCAGUGUUCCAUCUCCCCCCUUUCUCAUAUACACUCGACUCAUAUUUAGAAAACAGUUGCGGAGGAAUGAAAAUCCUGCAGUUUAGCAGUUGGCCACAAGGACACGAAAAUAAAUGCUUUGGCAGUCCAUUUCUGCUUCUUCUGUAGCAGCUAAUAAUGUUCAAGGAAAGGUAUGUGGCGUUAGUAAGACUUAAAUUUGAGGCAUACUGCAGAAGUCCCAUUUUAGUGCUCCAUUGGAUCCUGCUCUGCCUGUUCGUUUGCAUGAUGAAAGAAGUGCAAAAGAAUUUCAUUGUGAGAUCCAUCUGGUUAUUUUAAGAAUGGGAUGUUUUCUGUUUUACUUCUAUUGAAAUGAGGCAUAAGAUCCAUUUUCACUAUUCACAUAGAGUUAUAUUCCUUCAAAUUCUUGACCUGUCAAUUCAGAUAGAACAAGGGUUUUUUUCCACAUCUAAUUAAAUAACUAUUUAUAUGAAUGAUUCAAAGGAACAUCCUAUAAAGGUUUUAUAAUUUAUCCUUCCUUAAAUUAUUAAACUUUGUGUACUUUUGCUUUAUUUCUUGAAGCAUAGUACUGAUGGCUCACCCUUAUCUAUCAGUAAGUUUUUAACAGCUGUGAAUCUAGAGACUUUUUGUCAAAACCGAGGCCCACUUGUGAUGUUGAGUUCCAUUUCUUUUUUUAAGGACUGUCUUUGGACUUCUCGUGUCUUUUCUGUGAGCUGGGAAUUGUAAAAAGAAAUAGUUGUAAAGUAGAAAGGGACAAGUUUCUAGACUGGACAACUAUUGUAAAAAUGUGUAAAUGUGACUAGUCUUUUUGUGUUGUGUGUAGCAUAGUGUAAAAUAAGCUUUUUUUCAGCAGUGUUAUUCUGUGAAUUGUAAUUUAAGAACAAGCAUGGUCAAAGAUAUAUCCUGCAAAAAAUACACUCACCAUUUAUCUGGUUUUGUGUUUUCCUGAUGCUAGGCAGAGUCUUGUAAAAUGUUGAAUUUACUUCUCCAGGACUUUAUUUUACCCUCACAGUUUUACUACAUAAAAAACUUGAAUAAUUAUUUCCAAACUCACCACAUCCAAGCUCAUUAGCCUUUUCCAGCUAUCUUCAGGCAGUUUGGGCACUAAAUUCGUUAUAACAUAGACAAAUUCCUUAUUGAAAAGCACUCCUUAUCUAUCUCUACUCACAAACGACUCCUCCAUUUUAUAGCAUUUUGUGUCUGUACCAUGCAGGAUUGGAAUAUCAUCCACAAACCGAUACCCAAAAUCUCUGACCCAAUUUCAGUACACUCCCACCGCAUUAUGUAAACACGUCUUGCAAUAAAGCUUUCUAAUACACUC